AUGAUUUUGUUGUUUGAUUGCCCUGAACUGAAGGAGGAGCUGGAGAAGGAGAAGGAGCAGAAUAGGAAGCUGAAGCGAACCCUUCAGGCGCAUAUGAAGCAGAAUGAGAAACUCAAAGGGACGGACGUGGAGAAGGUGGACCAGGACCUGAAGAGCACCGAGGUGGCCCAGAUCAAGCACAAGGUGAACCAGGACUACAUGGGCAUCUUCGAGUUCAAGUCCGGGAUGGAGGGGACGAUCGCGAAGCACCUCAUCGUCGAUCUGAAGCCGAAGGUGGCGCAGACUCUCCUGCCGGGUCUCCCCGCGUACAUCCUGUUCAUGUGCCUCCGCUACACGGAUCACAUCAACGACGAGAACCGCCUCCGGGCGUUCCUGGUCCCGACGAUCAGCGGGAUCAAGAAGGUGGUGAAGAAGCGGCAGAACGACCUGGACACCAUGGUCCUCUGGCUGACCAACACCUCGCGGCUGACCAAUUGCCUCCGGCAAUACAGCGGCGAGAAGAACUUCCAAAGCGAGAACACGCCGAAGCAGAACUCGCAGUGCUUGAGGCACUUUGACCUCAACGAGUACAGGAACAUCCUCAACGACGUCUGCGUUUGGGUCUUCAUGGGGAUGCUGAAGCUGAUCCAGGAGCGGGUGCAGAACAUGAUCGUGCCGGGGGUGCUGGAGAACGAGGCGAUCGCGGGGCUGAGCGGGCCGCCGGUGGGCUCGCGGACGCACGCGUCGUCGGUCGGGGGGGAGGACGAGGUGGCGCUGGACCCGAGGCAGGCGAUGGCGCUGCUGCUGAGGGAGCUGGAUUUCCUCUACGAGACGUUCGAUUCGUAUGGGAUGGAUCCGCAGCUGGUUCCGUGCAUCUUCCAGCAGUUGUUCUACUUCAUCUGUGCGGUGUCACUGAACAACCUUCUUCUGCGAAAGAAUCUCUGUCACUGGUCCAAGGGUCUCCAGAUCCGCUACAACCUCUCCAGCUUGGAGGAUUGGGGCCGCAGCAGAAAGAUGAAUGGAGAAGUUCUGGACAGUCUGAAGCCGGUGAUCCAGGCUUCGCAGCUCCUCCAGGCCAAGAAAUCCGAUGAGAAUGUUGCUGCCAUCUGUGAGAUGUGCAAUAAACUCACUCCUGCUCAGAUCAACAAGCUGUUGAUGCUGUACACUCCGGCCGACGAGUACGAGGAGAAGGUCGCGCCUUCCUUCAUCCGGAAGGUCCAGUCGGAACUGGCCCGGACGCGGGGGGAUGCCACUUCUGCUUCUCCGGGACCCAUGCAGACCACACUGCUGAUGGAUACCAAGUUCACCUACGCCAUUCGCUUCCCGUUCACUCCUUCCAGCAUCAGACUGGAGGACAUCGAACUUCCGUCGGCUCUCCGUCUCAACUUCUUGAACAAGAUCUAACCGCGUUCUUCCCUCGGACGGACCCAUCCGAAUUCGUUCCGUGCUCGUGCCAUAGGUGGCUCGAAGGAGAUGUCGAUCUGUGUCUAGGCAUAUCCCUUAAUGUUUAUCGUUAGUCGACGGUGGUCUCAUCCGCUUCGCUUCUUCCAACGAGAUCGGGUGCAUUCCGACUUUCCCUUGUGAUAUGGGUGCAACUUUACAUUCCUUUGCAGGAGACCAGCCAAAUUCCAGAUCGUCUCUGGUCAACGAGAUCAGGUUUCAAAGAUGCUUUACGUGGUGAUCGUGAGAAUACUUACUGGAAAUUGUUCAGUUCCUCAUGAGUUGAUUAUAUAGCACUGUUGCAUGUUGACUUUUUCCCUUACCAAAGACAGAGAUGCCUAAUAAUAAUAAUAUUACAAUAUGGUGUUUGUUGAGCUUGGAUUAGUAUAUUUUGGAGUCUUGCAGAGUUGUACCGUGAAUGAAAUAGUUAUACUCCUGUAUUUAGUUCGCUACAUGAGUUAUACUUUUCCGUGCAGUAAUGCAUGAUAUAGCCAAUCGAUGGUUACGAGCGAUUUUUCUUCUCUUUUUCUUUUCUGUUUGCACUUUCAUAAUUUUGUUUAUUCUUGCAGGGAAACUAGGAGCCA